UAUCUCUCUCGUGGUUCAUAACCUCUACGGGACCGCCAAUUUCGCUCGCGCGCCAGCGAAGAGUUGGCGAAACUGACGGUUAGGUUCGUCGGGAAGACGGGAAACGACUCGACAACGAGUUCACGCGUUCCGCGAACAAUUGCACGGCGAAUUUAGUGUCCCUCGGCCUCACGAUGUUGCGAUUAUUCGCCUCGCAAGGUGGAAAACUGCUGGUCGCUGCGACUGGCUCGUUGGCGAGAGCGGGCAACGCGUCGCUGAAUGCGGAAUGCGUCCGCGGCUUCACAGUGAGCUCGAAGCUGCUGGGCGGCUGGCCGGAGAUCCAGAAACCGGCGCCGGACUUCUGCGGCACCGCGGUGGUCAAGGGUGACUUCAAGGAGAUCAAGCUGAGCGACUACAAGGGCAAAUACGUCGUCCUGUUCUUCUACCCGCUGGAUUUCACGUUCGUCUGCCCAACGGAGAUCAUAGCGUUCAGCGAGAAGGUCCCCGAGUUCGAGGCCCUGAACGCCCAGGUGAUCGGAGUGUCGACGGACUCGCACUUCAGCCACCUGGCGUGGAUCAACACGCCGAGGAAGCAGGGCGGCCUCGGCGGGGACCUGGGCUACCCCCUUCUCAGCGACUUCAACAAGGAGAUAUCGAGCAGGUACAACGUCCUGCUGCAAGACUCGGGAGUCGCGCUCAGGGGCCUCUUCAUCAUAGACAGGGAGGGAGUCCUGCGGCAGCUCAGCGUCAACGACCUGCCGGUCGGCAGAAGCGUCGACGAGACCCUCAGGCUGAUCAGGGCCUUCCAGUUCGUCGAGAAGCACGGCGAGGUGUGCCCCGCCAACUGGCAGCCCGACUCCAAGACCAUCAAGCCCAACCCGAAGGACAGCAAACAGUACUUCGAGUCAGUGAAUUGAGGCGUUCAUCGGUAGAGGUUUGUGUACAAUACAAUUGUAACGUAAUACAGUUACAUAAUGUAACAAAAUAUUCCAGUUAAUUAUACGAAAUAGGGUUGCAUACAAAAUAAAAUUGCAUUAUGCCACUCGCAACAACUUGUAACACAAUGAGCAGAUCUGAAAAUGUAAUAUAUCUUGUAAUAUAUCUUGUACUGAAUUGUU